CGAACUGAAAGUCAAGCACGUUUCGGCAUGACUAAAAAGCUGACGCGUGCAUUUGUACGGUAAUUAACAGCUCUAGCAAUUUGUUGUAUAAGAAGUUGUGACUGAGUUGACGCAUGCAUGCCGCAUCGUGGUGAAUGAUUGCGUGGUAAAUUUUUAAUUCACCGAACCACAAAGGAAACGCGUUUGCUCCAGAGACGCCAUUAGAAUGUUUGUGCUAUUCUUGAUGAGUUUUAUGACCAUCUCAGUCUGUGAGCUGCAAUCGUGCGAUGACUAUUGCUCAUUACUGUUGAACGGAAAAAUUGGCGCUACUUGGAAUUCAUUAUGUAACUGUUAUCCUGAAAAUCAAAAUGAAAAAUCGCAAGCAAGAAGACGAAGUAUGAAGGCCUACCCAAUAUUACAUGAACCCAUCGUGUUAAAUCCAUCAACAGAUGUGCUUUUUGAACCUUUCAUAAUUUUGAAUCCAUCUGCGAAUAAUAAAAUAACACCGAUAAAUUCGUCUCAAGAAUCAGAACAUCACAGAAAACAUAAGCGAAAUAAUAAUUUUAUACAGGUAAGGAGCAAUGAUACAGAAAGCCAGCCACUGUAUAUGGAUAUCGAUGUAUCGAAAAGUCCCGGACAAAGAUCGUCUCAGAAUAUAAACGAUUUAUAUACCUUACAGAUAAAUGAACAUGACGUAAAAGAUUGUAUUGAUCUACAUUUGUUAGUACAUUUUAGAAAAAAAGGAGUCAAUGCUGCCAAUCAAAUAUGGGACAGAUAUAAUACUAUCAAGCAAUACUUUCAUAUUACUGAUGGUAAUUUAAUGAUGGUGCUUGAAAAAAAAUGUAAUUUAGCAUCCAACAUUUUAAAUCAAAGCGUACAAUAUGUAGAACAAUUACCUAAAGUAAAACAAGCUCACAAGGUGCCUGAAAUAAAUAAUUUUAAAGAUAACCAUAAAAUAAAUUCCAAUUAUACUUAUAAAAAAGAUAGCGAUUCAUUGGUAUCAUCUAUUAAACCUGAAACACUUUCUGUUAAUAAUGAAAGUGACAUAUUAGAAAAUUCUUACCAUAAUAAACUGGACGUCCAUUUAGAACCUAAUAUAAUAUUAAAUAAAAAAUUGUUGAAUACUAAAUCGAUGGUCUUUCGUUCAUUAAAUGAAAACCAAAAACUAAAUAAAACAAAAAUAUCAAAAAAUACUCCUGACAAUUCUAUACAACCAAUCGUAUCUGGACAAGAAUUAGACCGUAACGAAGUAACAUUAUCUACUUCUGUGGAAAAUAAACAUGAAUAUAUUGAAAACGAAAUAUUGCACAGACAGAAAAAAAUAAAUAAAACACAAUAUAAUAAUAGUCUCUAUGAAGAAAAUUACGAAAAUAGUUUAGAUAAUGAAACAAGAAAAAUAAAGAAUGAUAUAAAUUCUACGCAAAAUACUAUUGAUGAGGUCAUCGACUCAUUAGAGCAAAAUAAGAGUAAUGUGUAUUUAGUAACAGCUCAACCUACUACCACCUUUACUAAUGAAGUUUAUUAUAAUACUUCGCAAAACAUAGGCGAUGUUGAUUACACCAAUUUUUUAAGUUCUAAACAUGAUAUAAAAAUGAUAUCAAUGAAUAACGCUACUCGAAAUAGUAGUGAAGGUUGGAAACAAACAUCAAAUUAUUCUCAUAAUUAUAAUUUACAGGAAGGUUUGAAGGAAAAUUACAAUAUAGAUUUGUACAAUCCUCAAACAAAUAAUAUGCUUACAGAGGCUACAGAAUCAGAUGACACAAUUAAAAAUUCCACGGAAGGCGUAUUGAUCGAAUCUGAAAGUAAAAAGAGCAAUGCAACUAAAUAUUUUAACAGGACUAUUCCUGAAAAUGAUGUAAGAAUACUAAGAAUAGACGUUACGAAGCAUACAAAUGACACCAUUGAGCUGACCAGUUCCCUCCGGCAACACCCGUUCACGAGUUGAUGCGUGAGUCAGAAAGACCUUGUUUCAUUCAACGCAUGAUUAAAACAAGCAUGUCCUCGUGCGCGGCUUAAUUCAUGUACAUAUGAUGAGGGACAAAAGAUGUUAGCGCUCAUGCGCUCAGCGCUCAACAUGAAAGAAUUAUACGUUAAUAAAAAUAUUAACUGGCAUAUUAAUAUUUAUAUUACAUGUGCAAGUGUCCUAUUGGUUUGUCAGUCUUGCAACGGGGCAGGGCUCAGGACCAUAGUUUUAGAAAGGACCCCGCGAGCGUACUCUGAGGGCAAGUGGGCGCACAAGGUAGGUACGUCUCAAAUGUGUGCAAAUAUUGAAGUCAAGCGUUUUUAUAAGUUUAUAUGAUUAUACUUUAAUGAAAACAAAAAAUACUUAGGUAGGUACUUUACAUAAAAUUUAUCUAAUUAGAUGACAUUUGAUUAUCGUGUUUCAAUUUCAAUCAUAUAAUUAUUAGGUAGGUAGGUACAUACCUACUAGGUACCUACCUACUAAUUCUAUACCUACUCACUCCGUUAUACAUAACAUGGAAAAUAUUGUAGAUAUUUCGCUAGCACAUGGGUAAAGGUUCCUCGACGUUUUUUGCAUGUAUUUUUGGUUUCAAUAGUUUUUGAGUAGCAGAUUGUUGUUUUUUAGUUAGGUACCUACACAUGUAGGUACCUAACUAAAAAUCGACCAUAAAGUUCUUUUACCCGUGGAACGUAUUAGAAAAUACGGAGCAAAUAACUGUGUUGUAAGUGUUUCAACAUAAUUAAGAAUGCAUACAUUUAUAUACAUAAUUAUGCAACCUAAUGUAUUAUCCUAAUGUAUUUUGACCUAAUAUCCAAAUAAUAAAAAUAAAAGUAAUAUAUGUAUAAUUUUAUCCAGUCAUUUAAAAUGUUAGUCAUCAUUUAACCUAAUGGUUAAAAUAUAUUAUUGGAAGAGCAAACACAGUAGGUAGGUAUCGCAAUAACUAUUUAUGACUUAUGAGUUCGUAAAAAAUCUUUGGAAACAAGCAAAGUUGCUAAUGUGGCAACACUGUCUACGGAUAUAACGUCAUUACUAGUAGUGAUGAGCACUCUCGAAACAUCGACAAAAACAUCGACUCUUUCAUUGCAAUGCAAUUCAUUCUUAUAAGAACAUCGUUCAAUCUUGUCUAUGUCUUGUCUUGUUGUGGACUAUAUUAAUCUGGUUCCCUACUUUAUUUGGUCCAUACAAGCCCUUCUUGGCUUGGCUUUCCUUUUCCUCUUUUCGUUUCUAUUUUUUACUUGCAAUAGCAUUACUUUCUGCAAUACGGAGUAUACUGCGCAUGUAUAAAAAACUAUGUCGCCUUUAGCUAAGUUGAUCAAGACGUUUAUUUUUGAGUACUUUAUUAAUCCCCCCAUUAUAUAAGCAUUCGUCACGUAUAUACAAUAGUGCAUGUUGCAAAGUAUAUACAAUAUACAAUAUUCGGGUGCUGAAAUAUUGGGAAACAACGUUUUCCACAAGAUAGAAAACUUCGAAAACUAUGGGAAACUUCCUCACGCUGUAAAAUUUUCGUAAAGGUAUUGUGUUUUACACUGCAGUUUAAAAUCAUUUAGCAAAUUCGUCUAAUAUUUAAUACUUUAUGUUCCGAAACCUAUUCAGUAAUCUGCUAAAUCCUUCUUUUUUUGUUUUAAACUAGCACCACGAUUAGGUUUUUUUGAUCGUAAAUCUUCUACAAUAUUAAAAAUUGGCGCUUUUGCCACCAUUAGCAAUGUUUGUUUACCGAAGUUGUACCAGUAGCGACAUUUGCGCCGAGCUUUACGUAAUAUUAAUGAAUUAUUAUGGCAGUAGUUUAAUAAGGUAUGCCUUUUCACUAUCGCAUUUAAUUUAAAAGUGAAUAUACUUUUACAUAGUAUAAUAUUUUGAAGCGUUUAAUACGGUUUAGCCAGAGUUUAACAAAUCAUUUUUAGCCAGGGCUUUCACAAAUAUUUUUUGACGGUUUUAUUAUAAUACCUAAUUACGUGGUUAUUAAAUAAGUACUUCAAUACACAAAUGUUCAUAUAAAUCGACGGUGUGGCCUUGUUUUAGACUAGGUUCCUAUAUGCACAAAUAAUAUAAAUUAGUAAGUUUUACCAACAUUUAAAUAGUUCAAUGCUAAGCUUCGAUAUGACAACGACAACACUAUUUCCCCUUCUACUAGCCCAACGAAACAAUUUAUUAU